GCAAUGCAAAUUGGUCGGCAAGGCAUUAGAAGUGUACUCCACUUUAUCUUUGGAAGAUGGUCUUAAGUAUGACAUGGUGAAGUCCGCCAUACUCCGGUCAUAUGAGUUAGUACCAGAGGCUUACAGGCAACAUUUUCGAAAUUGUAAGAAAAACGCAACUCAAACCUUUGUAGAAUUUGCACGAGAUAAGGGAAUGCUUUUCGACAAAUGGUGUUUUUCUAGUAAGGCUGAUGAUUUUGUUUCACUUAGGGAGCUUCUUUUACUGGAGGAUUUUAAGCAGUGUCUCCCUGAGAGAGUGGUGCUGUAUUUAAAUGAGCAGAAGGUAGCGACACUUUCACAAGCUGCAGUACUAGCGGACGAAUUUGUGCUUACGCAUAAAAACGUUUUUCAAAUAGCAGGUCCUGAGAAGAAUUCUUUACCGAGGGCUUCAAUGAAUGUUCAGAUGCCUAAACAGAGUAGUGAGAAGUCUAAAGAGACUCGUGACUGUUUUUAUUGUCACAAGAAAGGACAUGUUAUAGCCGACUGUUUUUCUUUGAAGCGCAAGCAGAACUUUCCGAAGAAAGAAAUUGCAUUUGUGAACUCGGUGAAUUCGUGUUUGCUUUCUGAAAAUGGAGCUGAAAUACCAGACCCUUCGUACUUGCCCUUUUUACUUAAAGGGUUUGUUUCAUUAACCGGUAAAAAGGAGGACCAGGUUGAAGUCCAGAUGUUACGUGACACGGGAGCUGCGCAGUCGUUUGUAUGCGCUGAUGUGUUGUCUUUUUCAGAUGAAUCAUCAGUAGGAUCUAGUAGGUUAGUGCAGAGUUUCAGUAUGGAGGUGAUUAGGGUACCCAUUCAUCGGAUCCAUCUUCAGUCUGACUUGGUGACCGAUUUUGUGGAGGUAGGAGUACGUCCAGUAUUACCAGUGAAGGGUGUGUCUUUCAUCUUAGGUAAUGAUUUAGCCGGGGGGCAGGUAACACCUUUGCUGGAAGUGGUAGACACUCCAUUGACUCAUCUUAAGACCGAUGAGUUGUUUCAGAAAUACCCAAGUGCAUUUCCUGCGUGCGUUGUUACAAGGGCCCAAUCUAAGAAGGGGAAUGACAUUUCUUUAUCUGACUCUUUCUUGUAAUCUCUUACCAUGAAAAGUGAAAGUUCUGUUGUCUUUCCAGUGGGUGUGGUCUGUGAGACGAGUCCAGCUGUUGAGCAGCAGGAUGCUGAUCUGGAUGGUGUACUGGAGUCUGAUACGCCGUUAUUAUCAGCUAGGCUGUCAAACUCUGAAACUCUUAAAGACUUAUCCAAUUUUUUAGCUCAUCUUAAUGCAGGUCAAAGGCAGGAUGUUGUAGAGCUUCUUGACAAAUUUUCUUCUAUUUUGGGUGACGUUCCUACACUUACACACGUGCUACAACACGAUAUUGAUGUAACUAAUGCACGACCGAUUAAACAACACCCUUAUAGGAUUAAUGCUGUGAAAAGAGCUAUAAUGAAACAGGAGACUCAGUAUUUGUGGGAGAAGGGAUUGGCCAGUCCUAGUGUUAGUCCCUGGAGUUCCCCGUGUAUUUUAGUGCAGAAAUCAGAUGGCACUAAACGUUUCUGUACUGAUUAUCGACGCGUUAAUGCUGUUACGAUACCAGAUUGCUUUCCACUACCGAGGAUGGAGGACUGCGUGGAUAGCAUAGGAUCAGCAAAGUUUGUUAGUAAACUCGACCUACUGAAAGGAUACUGGCAAGUUCCACUGACCUCUAGAGCAUCUGAAAUUUCAGCGUUCGUAACGCCAGAUUGCUUUAUGCAAUAUAAUGUUAUGGCUUUUGGCUUGCGAAACGCCGCAGCUACAUUUCAAAGAUUGGUCAAUUUAGUUCUUGUUGAUGUUCCUAACUGCAAUGCAUAUCUUGAUGACGUGGUUGUUUAUUCACAAAGUUGGUCAGAGCAUGUAUCGUUACUAGGAACAGUGUUUGAGCGUCUAGCGAAGGCAUCCCUAACACUUAAUCUUGCUAAAUGUGAGUUUGGGAAGGCAACAGUUACCUAUUUGGGUAAACGGGUGGGUCAGGGUCAAGUGCGUCCUUUGUCAGCAAAGGUUUCGGCUAUUAGCGAGUUUCCUGUGCCAUCUACCAGACGUGAGUUGCGUAGGUUUUUAGGUAUGGCCGGUUAUUACCGUUGUUUUUGCCGGAAUUUUUCGUCUGUUGCAACUCCUUUAACUGCUUUACUUAGCCCUUCGAAUCAGUUUGUUUGGUCACAUGAGUGCCAGAAUGCUUUUGACAGCGUCAAAACGUUGUUGUGUAGUGAACCCGUGUUGUCUGCUCCUGAUUUUUCCAUACCGUUUAAGUUGGAAGUGGACGCAAGUGAGGUGGGAGCUGGUGCUGUAUUAUUGCAGGAGGGUAAUGAUGAGAUCAAUCAUCCUGUUUGUUAUUUCUCAAAGAAAUAUAACAAACAUCAGCGUAACUAUUCCACUAUCGAAAGAGAAGCUCUAGC